AUGUCAUCAUCAUCAUCAUCAACAGCAGAAUUAAUUAUUGUUGUUUCUCAACAAUAUACAAUCUAUAUUAGUUUUCUUAUUUUAUUUUCGGGUGUUUUUGGACAUAUUUCAAAUAUUUUCGUAUUAACUCAUCUUAAAAUUUUUCACAGAAAUCCAUCGACUUUUUAUCUUAUUGCAGAAUCAAUCGUUGAUUUAUUUCAAAUGAUGAUAUCAUGUACAUUUCGUAUGGCAGUCAAUGGAUUUGCUAAUGAUUUAACACAGACAUCAUUAAUUUGGUGUAAAUUAAGACCAUUAUUAACUCAAUCUUUUACCCUUAUUUCACUUAAUAUAAUUUGUUUUGUUGCUAUUGAUCAAUGUUUAUCAACAAGUUAUUAUCCAUUUUUAAGACAAAAAAGUACAAUUAAAUUAGCUAAAAGUCUUACUACUAUUGCAACUAUAAUUUGGUUUCUACAUGGUGUACCAUUUGUGUUCUUCUUUGAAAUUCAAUCAAAAUAUGGAUGUAAUAUAUAUAAUCAAAAUUUUAGAAAUUAUGUUACAUAUUUCUAUUAUCUUAUACUCACUGGUGUAUUACCGAUUAUCAUUUCGACAUUGUUCAGUGUAUUAGCUUAUCGAAAUGUUCGUCGUAUUGUACGACGUCAAAUACCAAUACGUCGACGAAAAUUUGAUCAACAAUUGACAGCAAUGAUUCUUGUUCGAGUUGGAUUUUUAGUCACUACAACAUCACCGUAUGUUUUACAACGGAUUUAUACAUAUAUUACGUUUAUGUUCGAAGAUAGUUUGAUUCGUAAAUCCAUUGAACAAUUUAUUGAAACUGUAGCUUUUUCAUUAUUUCAUUUUAAUUAUUCGGGUUCUUUUUAUUUAUUUUUAAUAUCAUCAACACGAUUUCGUCGACAAGUUAAACAUGUUUUUAUAAACAAAUGUUGGCGAAUAUAUUGUAGAAGAAUAAUACGUUGUAAUCAAGUUGCAGCAAUUACUCAAGCUAUCACUAGUGAAUAUGAUUUACAAUCAAUUGAAUAA